CCUCUCUUUCUAUAAUUUUUACAGGAACAAGAAGAGCCAAACUCAACAUCAUGGCCUGAUUAUUACCUAGACCAGAUCAAUGCAAUGAUGACACUUGUUUCCACAUCAGGGGAAGAUGAAGUUGCUAACAGGACGAAGGUGGUUGACAGUCUCAAGACUGCACUCAGGACACAACCUAUGAAGUUUGUUAUGAGGUUCCUAGAUCUAGAUGGCCUCUCCGUUCUCCUCAACUUCUUGGAGAAGAUGGACUAUGAAACCAUGGAGAGCCCAAUACACACAUCAGUCAUUGGCUGUAUCAAAGCCCUCAUGAAUAAUUCACUCGGGCGAGCCAAUGUCCUAGCCCAUCCAACCUCCAUCAACAUCAUCUCACAAAGCAUGAUCACAGAGAAUAUCAAGACCAAGAUAGCUGUCCUGGAGAUCAUGGGCGGUGUCUGUCUCGUUCCCGGGGGCCACAAGAAGGUCCUGGAUGCCAUGUGCCAUUAUCAGAAGUUUGCCUCUGAGAGGACAAGAUUUCAGAGGUUAAUCAAUGAUCUUGACAGAAGUUCAGGGAAGUACCGAGAUGAUGUUCACUUCAAGACAGCCUGUAUGUCCUUCAUCAAUGCUGUCAUCAAGUAUGGAGCAGGAGAGGAUAAUUUGGAAUUUAGGAUUCACUUGAGAUAUGAAUUUCUAAUGCUUGGUAUUCAGCCUGUGAUAGACAAGUUAAGAACACUAGAAAAUGCAACAUUAGAUAGGCAUUUAGAUUUCUUUGAGCUGGUCAGAAAUGAAGAUGAAAGAGAACUUGCCAAAAGGUUUGACAUGGUUCAUGUUGAUGUACGGAAUGGCAAUAAUAUGUUUGAUGUUAUUAAGAAGAAGAUCAGUCAUACAGAGGCUUAUCCACAUCUCAUGUCCAUCCUACAACAUUUAUUACUGCUUCCAAAUCAAGGCAAGAGUAUCCAUCAUUGGUCCCUGGUAGACCUCUUACUCCAGCAAAUCGUACUACAGUUUGACGACGGAGGCAACCCGGAUGUCUCGCCCUUCGACAUCAACUUCAAGGACGUCAUCGAGAAGGUCAUCAACCAGGAUGUAAUUAGGCAGCGAGAAGCAGAGGAAAGAGAAAGAGAAUAUGGAGAGCUGAAAGAACAGCUAGAGAGGAAAGACCGGGAGUUGGAUGGCAAGGAAAAGCAACGGAGGUCAGACGUUCAGUCAAUGUCGUCGGAAGUGGAAGAGGCGAUGGCUGCCCUCAACGCCAUGCAGGAGAAGUCCAACAAACAGUCCGCUGACCUCGCUGAAUCAAAAAAACAUUGUGAAGGCCUGCAACAGGAGCUAUUACGACUACAACAAAUGAUCGCAUCAGGGAAGAGCAACGGCCCAAGCAUAUCAGACGAUGACAAACUCCAGAAGACUGGCGGUAUUCCUGCGGCUCCCGGGGGUCCCCCUCCUCCACCGCCCAUGAUGGGAGGGGGCGGGGCACCUCCACCUCCACCACCACCCUUCUCUGGUGGUGGUGGUCCCCCUCCUCCACCACCCCCAGGGAUGUUUGGUGGCGGACCCCCACCCCCACCUGGUAUGCCAGGGCCUCCCCCUAUCGGAGGUAUGUCCCUCCCAGCAAAGAAGAGAGACCUUCCAAAACCUUCCAAUCCUCUCAAGUCAUUCAAUUGGUCCAAGCUGCCAGAUAUGAAGAUACAGGGAACCAUCUGGCAAGAUCUAGAUGAUCUCAAGGUAAUCAAAGUCAUUGACCUGCGUGAGUUUGACAACACCUUCUCAGCGUACCAGAAGAAGGGUGAUGAAACGGACCGAGGCGGGGAGAUCACUGGCAGCAUCAAGUCUCAGAAACCAAAGGAACUAGCCUUGAUUGAUGGCCGACGGGCUCAGAACUGUACCAUCCUCCUCUCUAAACUAAAGAUGACCAACGCUGAUAUCCACAGGGCUCUCCUUUCCAUGGACUCUGCAGAUUGUCUUCCUAAAGACAUGGUUGAGCAGCUAUUAAAGUAUGUGCCUACCCCGGAGGAGAUUAGUCUUCUGAGGGAACAUGAGAAGGAGAAAGAAAACAUGGCCAAGGCUGAUCGGUUCUUCUUUGAGAUGAGCAAGAUAGAUCACUAUGAACAGAGAUUAAAAUGUCUUUUCUUUAAGAAGAGGUUCCAGGAGAGGAUGAGCGAGGUCAAACCAAAGGUCGAAGCUCUUCUGAAAGCAUCAAGGGAGGUUGGGAGCAGCAAAAGGCUGAAGAAGAUUUUGGAGAUCGUCCUAGCAUUCGGCAAUUACAUGAACAGAGGGGCAAGAGGGAAUGCAUCAGGGUUCAAAAUUAGCAGCUUGAAUAAAAUAAUGGAUACCAAGUCGAGCUCCAAUAGGAACGUGACAUUACUCCACUACCUGAUUGAGAUGCUGGAAAAGAAGUUCCCUGAUGUAGUCAAACUUGAAGAAGAGAUGCCCCAUGUCAGAAUAUCUGCCAAGGUCAACUUACAAGAACUUGAGAAAGAAAUGGCUCAAAUUGCCCAAGGUCUGAACGUAGUUGAAGUGGAAUUGGAGUAUCAGAAGAAGAAGCCAAAGACUGAGAAGCAUGAUAAGUUUAUCUCUGUCAUGAGUGACUUCAAGACGCUCUCAUCCAUCAGCUUUGGCAAGGUUCAAGAUCUGCUGGUGGAAGCCAAAGAAAAGUUUGAGAAAGUAGCCAAAUCUUUUGGAGAGGAUCCAACGAAGAUAACACCCGAGGAACUGUUUGGUACCUUUGACCUCUUCCUUCAGUCAUUCCAUGAAGCCAAGACAGAUAAUGAAAAUAUUAGGAAAAAGAAAGAGGAAGAUGAGAGGAGAGCAAAGAGAGAAAAAGAGAUGUCAGAUAAGAGGAAGAACAAAAAGCUUCCAGGUAAGAACAAAGGCAAUGGUGAUGGCGAAUUUGACGACCUCAUAUCGGCUCUACGAACAGGGGACAUGUUCACGGAAGACAUGAGUAAACUCGCUAAGAAAAACAAGCGACGCAUGGGGCAAGGGCAACCAGGACAACAACACAACAACUCAGCCAAUUCAAUGGCAGACAGCAGAGAACGAUUGGGCAAGCCCAAGACUGGUAAUGGACGGUCAAUGACUCAGAUCUAGUGAGGUCUUAAAGAGAACCGAGUGACCUAGAGGAAACCCUCGGAAAUGUGCCCGGCGAUUCGCUCCAGGCUUCCAGGAGAAACAGGCAUUUGUUUGUGUAUAUAUUUCAAAUGGCAGAGCUAUAUUGUGUCGGAAGCCGACAUGGAAGUGGGUACGUGUCUGUUAAUGCGAGGGAUACGCUAAACGAGAGGUAUGUCUUUCUUCUAAAUCAAGUGCAGCUUUGAACCGAGACCAAGCCAACCGCAGCAGUUGGAGUGUAGCACAGAGCUGAUUAUGUGAGAGAAGUUGUCUUGGUGGAACAUUAUUAGGUGUCUCAGAGGUGAGGGAAUCUGCUCCAGGGCAAAUAUGCUAUGCAUGCAUUUCACCCGAGAUCAGAAAGGAUCAACCUGAUAACUGCUGAAUUCUCCAAAUCACAUAGGCUUUGUACAGGGACUUUCUGAUUCCCACAGGCAGUGAGUUGACUUCAUCAUGUGGGUCUGUAGAGCAGAAGUAGUAUAUCAAAACCUUUAUUCUUUAUAUUGUGUUGUCUAAUGCCCAACUGACACUUGAACAUAUUGUGGUGCCUGCAUUGCCCCGCAUUGAUUUAGAGCAUGACUUGCUUGUGUCAGUGCAUGCAUUUGUCCAGACAUAUUCACAUAUUUUCCUAUUUCUUGCACAUAGUUCAUGUACUUUCCAGACAUGCUGUCAGCAAAUGUUCUCAACACCCUAUUCUAGUGCAAAUUGAAUAUUCCAAUGCUCUGGUGUUGAUGUCCUCUACGUUCGUUGAUGAGGAUCACUUACACUGAUCACAUGGUCUGCUCUCACAAAUUGCUCAUAUCAUUUGCAAACUAUGCUUGAAGUAUAUAUGCUUAGCCUAUGCGCAAAGUACGAGCGCACUGUAGUGAACUUGUCGUGAACUGCAUGCCACACCUCCGGGGGUGUGCCUACUAUUGUCUGCGCCACGAAAUGUGCCACGCAGUGGCACGUCUAUAUUGCACAUAGUUUACGAAUGGUUCUCAUGUUUGUAAUUCAUACCCAAAUUUUGACAAUUUUGGCACCGUCUGCACCUAUCCGCAAGCUGGCACGCAUAGUCCCUGCAUUAGCACGCACGAGUGUGUGACCGUGCGCAAACUAUGCGGGAACCACAAUGCGUGCAAGUGUCAAUGGGGUCUAUCUCCAUGGUAUUACAGGAACACUCACAGUUGGAAUACAUAAGUAACGUGAAACGAAGGUGCACAAAGUGGAUUGGGAAUGCAUAUAUUUUACACAAAACUAGUCUUUGGUAUUUUGACAUUAUGGUGUCUUUGAAGGGCAUUAACAAGGCAUAUGACAAGAAAUGCACAUCUUUCCUUUCUUUACAUUUAUGAAAUGUAUGACAGCAGUUGAAUCUGGUAAUGUUCCUGGUUUUUAACAUGAAAACAAGAAGAAAUGGAAUAUGACUAAAGAAAUUGUUUCUCUGACAAGGGAGGGAUGUGACACCAAUUUUUACAUUACAAGACUUGACAACUCCAUGCAUCAUUAGUUAUAUGUGAAAAUCAUGUGAAUGCAUAUCAUUAAUUGGGACAAGGGUAUCCACAGAGAUGAUGUUGUAUUGAAAGACUUAAAAUCUUUAUUGGUAUUGUGAACAAUAUCAGAAUUAUUCAGGAAGAGGAUGGGCCCUUUAACACAAAAUUUAAAUUGAUAGACUGGUUUUUAUUAUUGAUUGUAUUGGUUAUUAUAUAUAAUUAAUCAUAAAAAUCAGUUUGUAAACUUUGCGGGCCACAAGUAAUCCAAGCUGUCUUUUUCUGAAUAAGACAUCAAUUUAUUGCAGAUUGUACCAUUUCAGAGAAGGAAUGGGUGUGAGCAGUGCUAUCAAAUUAUAUUGGUGUACAUAAUCUUUUAUAAAGAUAUGUUAUAUACAUGUUAAUCAUUUCUUUAAAACAAAAGUAAAAAGAAACAAAAAUAAGUGCAUGUAUGAGUCAACAUGUGUUCAGAACAUGUGUGUAGGAGAGGAUGCAGUAGGUUGAUAUAUAUUAUUAUUGUUGUGAGAGGCUUCCAAAGUCUGACAUACUACAUGUUCGUGUAGUUAUAGCAUGUCUUUCGUAAAGAAUUCUUUGUGUUUUCCAUUUGUGAACAUUGGUGAGCAUAAAAUAUUAAUUUCUACAUCAGUAGAAAAGUUAUAUUCUUGUGAUUUGAUACCUGUGUCUGUAGAGAUAAAUGGGGUAUGGGUUUUAAAGCUGGGUGAAGCAAACUGAUGGACAAUUCAACAAAAAUGGACUUGACAUUUAAACAGUUCUGAGAUUUCAGACACAGACAAAGAUAUAGUUUCGUAUGCGUUUGUUUUUAUAGAACAGUUGUAGAGAAAAUGCAUUUACUAUAUGGCAUAAAGGACAUGGUAUAAUACGCACAUCUAUAUUGCAGUUUAAGGAAGCCAUUUGGACAACCACAAUUUCUAUGUUCUUGCAAGAAUCUUGUAAUACUGUCAUUAA